AUGGAGAUGGAGGAGAACAUUAAGAAGUUGAAAAUUACAGUGUUGCCACAACUUUCUCAACAAUCUAAAUCUACCAAAAGAAAUGAAUGGGAUAAUUUUAAGCGAUCACCAACCGCUUUUUGGAAUGUGAUGAAGCAAUUGUUUUCUCUCCAGGUGUACAAAGUUCUAGUUCGCAAUGGAGACAAAUCUUGGUUCCUGUUUCGACGUUACAAUGAAUUCUAUGGACUGCAUGAAAAAAUAAAGAAGUUGUAUCCAGAGUCAAAUCUCAGACUGCCUGGAAAGAAAAUAUUUGGGAACUUGGAUCCAGAUUUUAUCCAGCAGAGACGGGAAGGACUAGAUGAGUUCAUACAGAAGCUGGUUUGUCAUCCAAAGAUUUCUCAAAACCCAGAGGUGAGAGAAUUUUUGACUCUAGACAAUCCACGCAAUGCUCAGGAACCAGUAGACUCUGAUACAUUUGAAGACACUAUGGAUCGUAAGGACACCAACCCGGUGAACCUGGGUCCAAGUGAACGGACAAGUGUGAAACCGAGUGAUUUUGAGUUCCUUAAAGUCAUUGGAAAAGGGAGUUUUGGCAAGGUCCUCCUUGCCCGACACAAGCUAGAAGGGCACAUCUACGCUAUCAAGGUGCUUCAAAAGCAGGCUAUCAUGAAGAGAAACGAGGCAAAACAUAUCAUGGCUGAACGCAAUGUCCUGUUAAAAAACAUCAAACAUCCCUUCCUGGUGGGCCUGCACUACUCCUUCCAGACUGCUGACAAGCUGUACUUUGUCCUUGACUACGUUAACGGUGGUGAGUUGUUCUUCCAUCUACAAAGAGAACGCUACUUUCCUGAACAGAGGGCUCGGUUUUAUGCUGCUGAAAUGGCAAGCGCUAUUGGCUACCUCCAUUCACUCAAUAUCAUCUAUAGGGAUCUCAAGCCAGAAAAUAUUUUACUUGAUUCCAAGGGACACAUCACACUAACAGACUUUGGUCUGUGUAAGGAGGGAAUAGAAGGCAUGGGCACAACUAACACGUUCUGUGGAACGCCAGAGUACUUAGCACCUGAAGUCCUGAGGAAACAGCCUUAUGACAAGACGGUUGAUUGGUGGUGUCUUGGCGCUGUAUUGUAUGAGAUGAUGUAUGGUUUGCCUCCAUUCUACAGUCGAGACACUGCUGAAAUGUAUGACAACAUCCUGUAUAAACCACUGCGCCUUCGAACAAAUGUGUCUGCUGCAGCUAGAUCCAUAUUAGAAGGGUUGUUACAAAAGGAGAAAGAAAAACGCCUUGGCUGCCAGCAGGACUUCAUGGAAGUCAAAUCUCAUGAAUUUUUCAAAGACCUAAAUUGGGAUGAACUUGAUGAAAAGAAAAUGAAACCACCAUACAAUCCCAAUGUGAGUGGUCAACUUGAUUUGAAGCACUUUGAUCCAGAAUUUGUGCGAGAACCAGUACCAGCAUCUGUUGGCAAGUCCAUGGGCACCAGUAAGUUAGUGAGCGCCAGUGUAAUGGAGGCCGAUAGCAUGUUCCAGGGCUUCUCCUAUGUACCGCCUGCUGAAGAUGCAUUUACAUGA